AUGGCACCCAAUUUUCUUUUCAAAGACGAAGAUUUCAAGACACGACAACAAUUUUUUUACAGCCGCCAAAUAACCCAAAACCUCCUAAGCAAAGAUUUCAACAAGGAUGGCCUCGAUUCUAGCGACUCUGAGGAAGAGAUCAAACCAGCCAAGAAACAGCGUCGACCCAACAAGUGCCGAGACCAUCUAGAGAACCAUGAACGAUUGAUGAAGGAUUAUUUCAAUGCCGACGCGGUUUACAAUACUCGAGAUUUCACUCGCCGAUAUCGAAUGGAGAAGGGUCUCUUUUUGCGUAUCCUUCAGGAUCUAACUGAUCAUUAUCCUUACUUUGUUCAAAAGCCGGAUUGUACUGGGAAACUCGGAUUGAGUCCUCAUCAAAAGAUAAAUGCUGUAAUUUGA